CAUAAAAUGAAACGUGCGCGCGCUCCGCCCGCCCGAUUUCGCGUCCUCGAUCUGUCAAAAAUGUUUCCAUUCUUUCGAUGGCUUGUGUUGUUUGGAUAAAUUCAAAACAAUAAUGAUUUACACAUCAGUUAAUUCGUGAAUUCUUUUUAUUUAUUGUGACGUUCUAAUUGUGUAUUUGCUGUGUUUCGUUUGUGUGCUAAUAUCAUGUGAAGAGUCUGGGUACCCGUGGCGCAGUCAUAAUAUCCCUCGCGCGAGCAGAUCGUAGAUCUUCCAGAUGCUGCCUUCUAUGCCUGUUCUGUUUACCAGGGAGAGUCAAGAUGCUUUCGGGAACAAAAUUGAGCCAAGCACAAGCUUCUUCAGUCAAAAUUCCUUUUCGAAACCUAUUAUCAAGCCAGAGCCGCCACCACCGAAGGUUGCGCAGGAGGUUGCGAGAGUAGCACCAAAGGAAACUAAGAGCAAAACAAGUGCUAAGAAAAAAGUUGAUCCGCCUAAAUUUGAUGACAAUGUUUUAGAGACAGCUUUAGUUAGAUCCUAUUACACAAAAGUACAAUCAAGAUUUUCCUCAAACACAUCUGUGCCUACUAACAAAUUUGUUCAGUUUCAAAAUAUCUUAAAAGUAUUUGACCCUUCUAAAGAGACUCCUGUAGAUUUGUAUAAGAAGAUAGAGGAACUAUUUGGUACCGAUCACAAGGAUAUAGUGGAAGAAUUCUUAUUGUUCUUGAAGCCGGGACAGGCUGCACAGGUCGGCCGUUUUAUGGACCAUUUCAUGUUAGUGCAAAUGACUGGUUUCAUAGAACUCUUGCAAAGUACGUUCGCUCGCAAGCCGACGGUCCUGCGCAAGGUGUUGCGCGCGCUGACGAGCGGCAUCAACAGCGGCAACAGCGCGGAGAUGCGCGCGCGCGUGUUGCCGCACUUACGGUCCAACCCCAACCUCAUUACUAUGUUCAAGUCGCUGUUCCCCGAUGAGAGGCCGCCUGACAGUGCGUACGAGACGGGCACGGAUAUUAUAAACGAGAGCUUUCUAACCAAUGACAAGGGGUAUGACGUGUGGGAGGUGGAGGAGGAGAGCGAUAACAAGAAGAAACUCAACGCGAAAGAGAGCUUAGACACAGUGUACCUGCACGGGCGCGUGUUCCUGCAGCACGGGCGGCUGCUGCGCUCGGCCAGCGUGACGUUCCCCUACAGCAAGGAGCCCUACCGGGUGCAGGCGCGCCGCCUCGCGCCCACACACGCGCACCUCUCCCCGCCCGACUCCGAGGAGGAACGGGCCUCGCCCAAACGAACCGCCAAGAACAACCCCAAGAUCCCACCUAAAAAACCCAAAAAACUCGCUAAGUCUCCCACGAAAAACGUCAAGGACGUCAACGAUAACACCAAACACAAAGACUGCGCCGUCAACAUAAUGAGCCCCAAAUCCAACCGGAAAGCGCAAACGAACAAUAAAACCAAAUACAAAAAGGAUCCAGAGAACAAAACUGAACAGAAACGGGAGAGGAAAGACAGUAAAACGAACUCGUUUCAGAAGAAAGAAGAGUGCUCGAAGGCUAAGCAACCGAAGAUAGAAACUGCUGUUACGAUAGAAACCAAAAAGAUAGAGAAGGGUAGCUGGACGAGGGAUGAGGACAAGACCAUGCUGCAGGUCCUGAAGGGGGAGACCAGCUCGGAGCAAGUGUUCGGGCGCAUCCGGGAGCUGCUCCCGCACCGCACCCACACCGAGAUCAAAGAGAGAUUCUGUCACGUGAUGACCCUGUUACAACAGAUGGCUGUUGGUGAAGUUACUUAGUUGUAAGCAGAACUGAAUUUAAUAAUUAAGUGAAAAAAAGUAUUUAUAAUUUUGUAAAAAUAAAAAUUAUUUUUGACUUUUA